GUAAGCGAAUGGCUAGCAGUAUGUUACCGUUAUUAACUUUGUAACGGAAAAGGCCAUGUCAGCAGCCACAUCACCUUCCACGUCAGAUUAAUUUUUAUUUAUAAUUUUCAAACAUUAAAAACAAAACAAAAAAUGGAGGUCAAAGCCUCUUCUUCCCCAGCCACAUCCCGACCUUCUUCCCUCCUCCUCCGCCUCGCCGCAGCUUCUUCACUCCGAUCGAGUCUCCCCUACCUCAAUCCCUCCCCAAUCGUUCCCUACCUCAUCCGCCAUUGCCAGCCCUUCGUCGUCGCCUUCUCGCAGUCGAAUCCCUCCUCCUCAAUCCCGCUUCUUCCUCCCGAUCAAAUCCCUCCCGCCUCAAUUCGUCCCCAGUCGUUCCCUACCGCAUCCGCCGCUGCCAACCAUUCGUCGUCGCCUUCAAUUCUUUCUCGCAACCGCAUCCUCGUUCCAUUCCUCACUAGGUCAUCUUCAAUUACAAUUGUCGUCGCCGUCAUCCCCUACUUCUCCUCCUUCGAGCAUACGUUGCCUCCAUCCACUGUUGGUCUUCUCGACGCAUGCUCAUCUUCCCAUAUCGAAGUCUUCAUCUCUACAGAGGAAAGCUUGUAUUCUUCUAGCAACAGGGGUUCUCCAUACUACACGCCAAACCGGAUGGAAGUUAUUACUUGGAUUUAGCUCAGUAUCGUAAAGUUUAGUCAGCGUUACUAACAGAAUUGUUAACGGAGAGUUAAACGUUUGGCUAAUAAUUUGUAUUUUGAUAAUUGUGGAUAUGAUUUCCCGAUUUGUAAUAAUUGUGGCUAAUAUAUUGUAUUUACCCUU